AUGAGCAGCAUCACACCCGAAUUGGUGGAGGAAAUCGCGCCCAAGGUCUCCAAGGCAUUGGACUUGAGCAAUGUGAACACAACGCUGACUCAGCAGAUUGCAACACUCGCUUUGGCACAUCAAGAUUUCGAUAGAUUUCGGGAUGAAUGCAACAAGCGCUUCCCAGUCAAGCAGGCCAUCGCCCUGAAGGAGGUGCAUCAGAAAGUUCUGGCAAGGGCGGCCGUUGCCAGCUUUGCCGAGUUCUCGGACAAGGCAGAGAAGCUCGAGGCAUCACAAGCCGUCACCGGUGGUCUACAGAGGAAGGAAAUGGGCGAGGAGCGCCCAACGUUCAAGAAGCCCGACACCAAGGGAUCGCUGCUCGGCCUCGACCGGCUGGCAGCGGUGAAGAGGCAGGAACGCGAAGAGAGGGAGAAGAAGGAGAGGGAGCAAGCUGCCAAGCGGCCUCGCCUCGCCGAGGACGAAGACGACUUCGCCAAGCCCACAGCCGGCGACAUGCGACGACGCAACUACCGAGACAAGGGGUCGGGUGCCGACACGCCCUCCCACCCCGGUGGCGUCGAUCAGGCCGCGCUCAACCGCAUCGCCGACCGCGACCGACGAGCGCGGGACAGCCGAAGCGGCGGCGGGCGCUGGGACUCGCGCGAGCCGGUGAGGAGAGACGGCGGCGGGAGGGACUACGAUCGAGACAGAGGGCGCGACCGAGGAGGCCGAGGCAGCAGCAGGGAGUGGGACGAACAGGAGAGGGAGAGGCGAGAGCAGGAGGCACGACUCGAGGAGGAGUGGGAGAAUCGGCCGAGGCGCGGUCCUCGCGUGCCCGUGGCGGAGACGCCUCGCGGGUACGACCGCGGCGACUCGUCGACAACCGGAUACGGCCGCACGCCGAGCCGCACACCCAGCCGCACCCCGGCGCGCACCCCCGCGCACGGCGGCGCCACGCCUCGGCGUCCAGUGCGCUCGACCCCGCGAAGAGAGGCGAUUGGGGCCGAGGAGUACGAGGGUUAUGAGAGGGAGUACGAACGAGAGCUGUACGGCGAAGAGGCGGCGGACGACGACAAGAGCUACUUCAUGGGCGACGAGGAGAAGUUCAAGAAGAUGGAGGAGGAGAUCGCGCGCAAGCAGGUGGAGCAGCUGAAGAAGAAGUACAACGAGAAGCACGAGGACGCCCGACGGUGGGAGGAGACGCAGCUGCUCAUCUCCGGCGUGGUGAUGCAGCGCUCGGUCGAGACCGAGUUCGAGGAGGACGAGGAGAAGCGGGUGUCGCUGCUCGUGCACGACAUCAAGCCGCCCUUCCUCGAUGGCCGCGUGGCGCACACCACGCAGCAGACCAUGGUAUCGGCCGUGCGGGAUCCCACCUCCGAUCUGGCCGUGCUCGCGCGCAAGGGCUCGCAGGUGGUGCGCGAGCAGCGCGAACUGCGGGACCGCAUGAAGGGCCAGGACAAGCACUGGGACAUCCACGGGAAGCGGAUCGCGUCGGCCAUGGGCGUCAAGACCACGUCGUCGGAGGAGGGAGAAGCGCAGGCAACGCGCGAGGACGGCGAGGUCGACUACAGGGCCUCGAGCCGGUUCGCCGACCACAUGCAGGAGAAGUCCCAGGCCGUCUCCGCCUUUGCCAUGUCCAAGACCAUCAAGCAGCAGCGCGAAUACCUGCCCAUCUUUCAGAUCCGCGAGCAACUGAUGAGCGUCAUCCGGGAGCACAACGUGAUCGUGAUCGUGGGAGAGACGGGUUCGGGCAAGACGACGCAGCUCACGCAAUACCUCCACGAAGAUGGCUUCACCAAGUGGGGCCGCAUCGGGUGCACGCAGCCGCGUCGUGUGGCCGCCAUGUCCGUUGCCAAGCGUGUCUCCGAGGAAAUGGGCACCAAGCUGGGCGACCUGGUGGGCUACUCCAUUCGAUUUGAAGACUGUACCUCUGACAAGACAGUGAUCAAGUACAUGACGGACGGUGUGCUCCUGCGAGAGUCCCUGCACGCCGGCGAUCUGGACGAGUACUCGGCCGUGGUGAUGGACGAAGCGCACGAGCGUUCCCUUCACACGGACGUGCUCUUCGGCAUUCUCAAGAAGGUGGUGGCCGCGCGCCGCGACUUCAAGCUCAUCGUCACCUCCGCCACUCUCGACGCCGAGAAGUUUUCGCAGUAUUUCGGCAACGUGCCCGUGUUCCACAUUCCAGGCCGUACUUUCCCUGUCGACGUGAUGUGGGCCAAGACACCGGUCGAUGACUAUGUGGAGGGCGCAGUGAAGCAGGCGAUUACGAUUCACCUGUCGCACCCGCCCGGUGAUAUUCUCAUCUUCAUGACGGGUCAGGAGGACAUCGAAGUCACCUGCACCCUCAUGGCCGAGCGGCUCAAGCAGAUCGGCGACGAGGUGCCGCCGAUCGCCAUCCUCCCGAUCUACUCGCAGCUGCCCGCCGACCUGCAGGCCAAGAUCUUCCAGCGAACGGACAGCGGGGAGCGCAAGUGCAUCGUGGCCACCAACAUCGCCGAGACGUCGCUGACGGUGGACGGCAUCAUCUACGUGAUCGACACGGGCUACUGCAAGCUCAAGAUGUACAACCCGCGCAUCGCCAUGGACGCCCUGCAGAUCACGCCCAUCUCGCGGGCCAACGCCAACCAGCGCGCCGGCCGCGCCGGGCGUACGGGUCCGGGCCACUGCUGGCGGCUGUACACGGAGAACGCCUACUGGCACGAGAUGCUCGACAGCACGAUCCCCGAGAUCCAGCGCACCAACCUGGGCAACGUGGUGCUGCUGCUCAAGUCGCUCGGCAUCGACAACCUGCUGCAGUUCAACUUCAUGGACGCCCCGCCGCAGGACAACAUCAUCAACUCGCUCUACGGCCUGUGGGUGCUGGGCUGCCUGGACAACACGGGCGGGCUCACCCCGCUCGGGCGCAAGAUGGUCGAGUUCCCGCUCGACCCGCCCCUCUCCAAGAUGCUCAUCAUGGGCGAGCAGGAGGGCUGCUCGGCCGAGAUCCUGACCAUCGUGUCGAUGCUGUCGGUGCCCAACGUGUUCUUCCGGCCCAAGGGGCGCGAGGAGGAGGCCGACCGCAAGCGGGAGCACUUCUCGGUGGUGGAGUCGGACCACCUGACGCUCCUGCACGUCUACCAGCAGUGGAAGCACAACCACUACUCGGGCCAGUGGUGCACGGAGCACUACGUCCACGUCAAGGCCAUGCGCAAGGUGCGCGAGAUCCGCACGCAGCUGCUCGACAUCAUGAAGCAGCAGAAGAUGGAGUACGUCUCGUGCGGCACCGAGUGGGACAUCGUGCGCAAGGUCAUCUGCAGCGCCUACUUCGGCAACGCCGCCAAGCUCAAGGGCAUCGGCCAGUACGUCAACCUCCGCAACGGCAUGCCCUGCCACCUCCACCCGUCGUCGGCCCUCUUCGGCUCCGGCACGACGCCCGACUAUAUCGUCUACCACGAGCUCGUCAUGACCACGAAGGAGUACAUGCGCGUCGUGACCGCGGUCGACCCCGAGUGGCUCGCCGAGCUCGGCCCCAUGUUCUUCUCGCUCAACCUCUCCCACAUGGACCGCCUCAAGAAGCGACAGCGCGAGAAGGAGGAGAAGCAGGACAUGGAGGAGGAGCUCCAGAUCCGCCUCGAGCGCGAGAAGCUCGAGAAGAUGAAGGAGGACCUCGAGGCCAAGCAGAAGAGCCAGAAGGCCUUCCGCCUCGCCACCCCCGGCCGCCGAGAGCCCGGCACCCCCCGCCGCACCCCCGCCCGCUUCGGCCUGUGA